CACUGCAAUAUCCUCUUCGAGUCUCAUCAACACCCUUCCAUGGGCCCGGAUCCGGGCCUUUUCUCUGCCGCUGCCUUACAAUUCCCUCGCGUCUCUGUUCUCCAAUCUUCCCUGCGCAUUGUAUCCUGCGCCUCUACGGAUGCGACCGUGAAUCAUUUGCCGAACCGAAAGGCUUGGCACAUAGUGUGUUAGGCCAUUAUAGAUAAUGCGUGGCUACGUACCUAUGCCCCCCUUGCCUUGACAGCCACCUUUCAGCUUCCAUGUUCAUUCACAUCUAAUCUGGCACGGAAAGCUCCUUUCUUUACCACCUGAAUAGACUAAUAAGAUAAUUACCUUCAGUGACGCAUCAUGGCAACGGACGACGCCGGGGAAGGCCAAACCUCAACCGAAUUCUCAUGGCUUGAGCCACACCCGCUUUUUUGCAUUAUCCUUGUUGGCGAAAAAGUGGAGGCCUUUGGUAUCCAGAAGGAUUUUCUCAUUGCAAAAUCAACCUAUUUCCAGAAAUAUUUCGCCGAAAAAAAGGAACAGAAAGUCGAAGAUGUUGUUCGGUUCCCCGACACCGACCCUGUUGUUUUUGGCCUUGCCCAGCUCUUCAUGUUCACUGGCACAAUAAAUCCUGCGUCUCAGCGGCUACCAGGCUUUGAUCUAAUGAUAGCAGUAUGGAAGCUUGGUGAUGAGUUGGGCAUUGACGGUCUGUGCGAGGAGGCUCUCAGGGCCAUGUCAGAGUAUAGGGCCGCGACGAAUAGUAUUCCUGCCACAGAGCUCUUGGUGAAGGCCUGGAAAGAGACACCCGAAGGAUCCCCCAUCCGUGCCUUGCUUCUAUCUUGGACCGCCGAGUAUAUUCGAUCAUCUGAAACUCGAGCUGAAUUCACGAAAUCCCUCCCUCAGGAGGUUCUAAGCGAACUGGUGGUCACUAUGAGCCACCUGAACUCUACACCUGUUAUCCAGGUGAAGCCACCGUCUUCUCCAUCCUCUGCUCAGCACAAGAAUGUCCAUUAUCUGGAACAAGGAGGCGAGGAGCGAGAAGCAAAAACCAUCAAGCAUCGGCACUCAGAUGGCCUGACGAAUCGUACUAAGAAGGGGACUCCGCGUCCAUCACAACCACAACCCGCGGUGUCGACCAAGCCUUACAAAUCGAGAAAAUCUAGUAUCAACAUCACUGACGGGAGGCAGUUCUCGCCAGAUCACAAGUUAAACUUCUGUGCUGACCUCCUUAAUCGCAUGCUGAGUGGCCCUGGAUUUUGGACUCGACUUGUUGGUCCUUUCAGGGAGCCUGUUAGACCUGUCGAGGAUGGCGUGCCGAAUUAUUUUGACAAGAUUAAGAAACCCAUGGAUCUUGGCACGAUCAAGAAGAAGAUGGACAGCGGCGAGUACAACACAGCCGAAGAGUUCGAAACCGACGUCAGGCAAAUUUUCGAGAAUUGUUAUACAUAUUGGGGUCGGGAUCACGAUAUGUCGGCCGCCGCAGAACGAUUUCAGAAGUCAUUCGAAGAAAAGUUUGCUGAGAUGUUCAAGUGGAUCAGCAAAAGUGCGGGAGGCUCAGACACUGCAUAGCAUUUCUGUUCAACUAUUACCGUGCGUGCAUCUUUGGCCUUUUAUGGAAGAUCCCCUUCAUCUUUCGGCCAUUAUCGCCUCUCAUUCAUCUGGAAUGCGUGUGUAAAGGAUCGACUUUC